UCAUUCUUUAGGAAGUUUUAUAAAUUCGAAGAAGUUCGAAGUUCAAUUAGCUUUGCAAUCUAGAUAAUUUAAAAUUUUGUGCAUUGGUAGCACUAAUUUAAGUAGUCUUUUUUGUCGACAGAGGCGCUGCAGUACAAAACAUAAUUGUCGGCCGCAAACAAAAACAAAUUUUAAACAUUUUUAGAUUUUUUUUCGUGAUUUUAAAGAAAUGGAUGAUUUGGAGUUGAGGGAGGAGGUGCAGGAAUUAACAAAACUUCGUCAACAAUAUGAAAACGAAUUAAAAAAAUUUGGUUUGGAAAUAUGUGAUCUGCCCGAAAGUCUUUUAGAAUCGAUUGACGAAUGCGUUGAACUGCAGAGAGUUACUAACCUGAACGACAUUAGUCCGACCCACUUAAAGGAAUAUUAUCACUGUAAGAAAAAGGAACAAAUCGAAAAUGGUAUGUUGGUGUCUAUGUGGAACCGUGAAAUCAAGGAGCUAGAAGCUGAAAUUGCUAAACAGAAUGCAGAAAUUGCCACAUUAAAAAAAUUCAUUACAAAUGUUGAUACGAGUUUGAAGUCUGAAGAACAAAUUAAACAAAACAUAAUCGACGUAGAAAAACAAAUUGCUAACUUAAAACAACGCCAUAACAAAGUUCCUUUACCGAAAGAUCUAAAUAUUGAUGAAUUAAUUGAUGACAUAAAUAUGCUAGAACUUUAUAACUCCAAACAGAAAAAAAUGAAGGAUAAAAAAAAAUAGUUAAUAUUGUUUUUGUUUUUUAUUUUUGCUUUUAUUAGACUAUUAAUAUUAAUAAACAUUAU